AUGACACGAGUAUCAACAUACAUUUCACUCAUUGCCCUCCUACUCGGCUUGUCAUCGAGCACCUCUGCAAUCAGCCUCAGAAACGACCAAAACAUUCCACCUGACAAGAUCAACAGAAAAUGGAGCGCAGAUACCUCUCUUUCAUCCGGUCUCGAGGUCUGGAAGGUCUUGGGGUCAUCUUCACUCUCUAGUGAGGUUUCGAAUUCGGAAACUCGUAUCUCAUUUUCACAAAGCGGAGCUCCAAUGCCAUUCUCUUAUUCUGGCGAACGCCAUUUGCAUGAGGCCAAAAGCAACGCUCAUAUCUUCCAUGAAUCCUUACAAGAGGUACUGCAUCAUCCUAAACGUUUGACAAAACAACGAGUCAAAAGAGCAUUGGAGGGUAUGUUUACUGGCGGGAGAAAUAUUGAAGAGGCAGCACAGGCGGCCAAAGCAGCAAAAGCAGCAGAAACUAUAUCCAAUCUUAAUAAAGCUCGUGAGGUCUCAGGAUCGACCAAAGCUUUGAGCAGCGCGGACGCUUCAAAGUUGGGCAAGGCGGAUUCUUUUUUUCGGGGCGCACCAUCAAGAUUGGACCCGGUUCCAGCUUUGACAAGGUCAAAAUCACUUCCGAGCUCAUGGCCAGAGACACCAGUAAUCGACCAAAAAGCAGCCCUGAAAGCCAUCAAUACGCAUUUCGACAAAUCCAUGUAUCAAUUGACAGACAGUGUUUUGACUCGCGAGAGACCGCCACGGACUCCCUUGAUAGCCGCCGUACUAGAUCACGUGGACCCUGCGUAUUACGUGCCGAGGCGGCAGCGCCUCACUCUGGAGGCAUCCUUUGCCCUUUACGCAGAAAGAAACCUAUAUUGGGCCGUGAUUGAUGGUAAGACCGAUAUGAAAACCAUCGAUCGGCUAGCCAACUUGGUCGACACAUACAGAGCCGAAUAUGUCGAUACCCUCGAGCGGGCCAUAAAAGUCGGUUACAAUGAAAAAACAUUUUUGAACACUAACAGCGUUCAAGAUGCAAAUGCGGAAGUGACUUCCUUGAGAAAAAUGACAUCCGGAAAUGAGAUAAAUCCAUCCCUGAUUAAAGAUGCUAAAAAACCCCCCAAAGGCUCACUUGUUGCAUUCCCUGAAAACAUGGCUGCCGAUGCGGCCAGAGACAAGAAUCCCGAAAAGUUUUUCGAAGACCCACUACUGGAAAUCACAUACAAUGAAGUCUCCCGCUACCUCUACUCACCAGAAUCAAGCAUCAAGGUUUUUCCAGCCGGAGAUGCCAGCGUAGAGACGGUUAGAGGCUGGGCAAACGAAGCCGUGGCGAGGGAUCAUCUCUACGAAAUUCGACACACAAAAGCCAAUUACGAUGCAGCACGCACAGCCCGCACACAAUACCAGUGGUACUUUCAAUCAUAUCUCAAGAAGUAUGGGCCCAACUGGACCCUCUUCACAGACUUGUCAGAAAUAUUCAAUCGAAAUGGAAUCCCACUUACACUUAAGACUCCACCCAAAAGCAAGGUAUUGGUUUGGUACGACCAGUUCAAAUCUCGGUACCAAAUGAGUAUGUAUAAACUCAAAUCAGUGUUCAAGACGGCUCUAGAUAAAAAAAUUAGACCAGUCUCUUCCAGUCCAGUCCGCUCACCCUAGUCAGUCUCAAUUUUGUCACCACGUCUUCUUUUCGCCAUUCGAAUGAUGAUCCAACUGUAUUCCACUUUUAAAUUCUCAUAAUCCAGGAUGUCAAGUUACAAUAUCAAUCUUGAUGAUUCAUCACAUGUCUGAGAGAAACGAAAGUGCAGUGUCUGCUCCUCCAGAGGAGGUUGAUUUGUAUUGGUAGAUUGUGUCAAGUUUCUUCAAUUGUUCCAAUCCGGAAGAAAAGUGUGAUGUUUCAAUAUGACACUAUUGUUCUAUUUUGUGCCCUGAAAUAUUUUUUGAGUCAUCAUUUCUUCGCAUAUUUUUUUGAGAAAGUAGCGCUACAGACAACUUCUG